UCCAUGCUGAGGCAGUCCCUGGAAUCACUAGAGGAAUGAUCUGUUGAGAUUUCGGAGACACAUCUUGCUCGACUUACAAUCCUCCGCCAGUACCAUUCAAACUUGAUCCUCAGGAUAAAGGUUCAGUAACCCUGAAAAUGCCAUACGGUAAUAUAUGGCCUGCAGAUCUUGGGGACGUCGCUAGGGUCGUCUGGAUGGUGAGAUACUUUUCCGGUGAACGUUUACAAAGGAUACGGGCAGACUGGACCGCAAGUAGCGUGUAUUUAAUCCGCAUGCAGGUAUUUUGUAUAAGGCAUUCUGGAAUCGCAGGCUAUGUUCCGCCCAGGGAAACGUCAAGCAUAUCAAAACCUAGGAACAUUUAUUGGGCUAUGAACCUUCGGUAUAUCCCAGGAAAACGAAUGGAUCAGAACGCUGGUAAAUUCCAGACUUCUGGGACUAUUUCUCUGGGUGGUAUAACCAUUGUCUAAACCGAUGUCUAAACUAGCAUAUUGUACAUGCAUGUACAUUACUGUUUGUACGAUAAAAUUUUGCACAUGCAUCGCUACCUCCGAUGUCUCUCCCCUGGCCUUCCAACUAUGCAUGUCGAACAAUACGAAUUGAGAUGUC